AACAGCUUUUUAACUUACUCUUCUUCUUUAGCAAUAGAUCCAUGUAGAAACUAUGGCAUUCUCGACGGUUUUAACCGCAGUGUGGCAAAUAAAGAUCAAAAGAACUUGCAAUGCGACCAGAGACACCUGAGUCCUUUACCAGCCUGGUAUCGCUUCACUGGCGGAGCUGGAGACAGAAUGCCAACAUCCUGUGUACCAAAAAAUCGUUGUGGUACUCAUGCUACGGGUUGGUUGAACGGUUCACACCCAUCAGUGGAGGAAGGCAUUGUCACUCGUCGAGUUUGUUAUCACUGGAAUUCCAACUGUUGCAACUGGAAAAACGAUAUUCAGAUCAAAAACUGUGGCCCUUUCUAUGUGUACCGGUUAGUUAAGACUCCCGUGUGUUGGUUGCGUUACUGCGGUAAUAAUGAAGGUGAGUUUUAUGUUUUUCACCUUCUGACUGAAUUGUAAAAGAUCUUGAUCAAUAACCAAUAUCUACUCUGAAAACGAGCAUUAACUUUAUGUUCGUAUUCCAAAAGUCUCCCUCUCAAAAAAGGAGGAACUUGUGAGGCUUGCUAUUUGGGGAAACAGUUAAGAAGACUGUCCGUGAUAGUGGCGAGGUGUCGGUAUUAUGGAAAUACCUCUAAGGGAGCCUUAUACAUCACGCAGAUUAAAUUUUAUUGGUAAAAUGUUCUAACGAUGUUAGCUAAAAUAGCAAAGAGCUAUAAUCAUGAUUAGUUGAUAAACAAAGACCGCAAAGACCUCUGGCGAAAACACAAUUUGCAAAAGUCAAGGGUCCUAAUAAACAAAGACUAUCAUUAAUCGCAAAAAAGCUCUUACUAUAGUUGUUUUGAAGUUUUGAGAAGCACUGCAAUAAUAACACUAAAUAUUUGAACGCUCUUAUGUAUAUUCUUUACAGGAAAACCUGCACCACCAACAACGACAUUACCUCCACCACCAACAACACCAGGUAUGAAAACAUGGAAUUAUAGUCUGGCAGAACAAUAUUACAUACACACCAGUAAUUUUUAAGGAAAUAAAAAGUUGUCCACUGUCACCACUAUAAAUUUGUAGAAGGACGAACGUAUUUGUGUAAUGCUUUAAAACAACGAUUUUCCAUGAAAGCUCUUUCUCUUGCCCUGGUCAAGGGGCACUCAAAGGGCAGGGGCCCCCAAGGACAAUUUUUGGAAAAUAUCUGUUCGGUAGACGAUUUGAGAUCUAGAAUUUUCAGAACAUUUGUUGUAAAAUUUCUUGCUUGCCUGCCUCUCCUAGGAUUCUCGAACAUCUAAAAAAUGGUAUAAUUGCCCAUUUUUAACGGAUUUUUACCCAAAAAAGGUCACCUAGAAUUUUCGGGAGCUUUUUUCUGGCUGAAAUUUUUGAAAAUGUAAGUUUUGAUCCCUAUAAUUUCGGAUCACUAGACUUUCAGCUAGGAAAUCCGAACAGAUCAAAAAUUUUAGGGGACAAAUAUAUGCCAAUAUCUGCCGUUUAAAUACUAAAAUACAUUCAACAAUGCUAUGUUUAAGUGGUUUUGAACUAUAUUCUCGUUGGGUGCCUCUGAAAGGGCAAACAAAACCAUUUCUUGAAAAUGUUAAAAGUCGCCGUCUCUAAAAUGUUAAUAAAUUUAGUUCGUUAGCUUUUGUUUUUGAUUUCCUUUUAAAUUAAUUCUAGUCAAUUUAACCGCUUUUAACUUGUAAUUUUUUUCCUCUUUGUUUAUAUUAAUUAAAGUGCCGGAUCUGAAUUAACACCUUUUACUCUUCCUCUUCAGCAAUAGGUCCAUGCAGAAACUAUGGCAUUCUCGACGGUUUUAACCGUAGUGUGGCAAAUAAAGAUCAAAAGAACUUGAAAUGCGACCAGAAUCACCUGAGUCCUUUGCCAGCCUGGUAUCGCUUCACUGGUGCAGCUGGAGACAGAAUGCCAACAUCCUGUGUACCAAAAAAAUCGUUGUGGUACUCAUGCUACGGGUUGGUUGAACGGUUCACACCCAUCAGUGGAGGAAGGCAUUGUUACUCGUCGAGUUUGUUAUCACUGGAAUUCCAACUGUUGCAACUGGAAAAACGAUAUUCAGAUCCAAAACUGUGGAGCUUUCUAUGUUUACCGGUUAGUUAAGACUCCCGUGUGUUGGUUGCGUUACUGCGGUAACAAUGAAGGUGAGUUUUAUUUUUUCACCUUCUGACUGAAUUGUAAAAGAUCUUGAUCAAUAACCAAUAUCUACUUAAAACGGGCAUUAACUUUAUGUCCGUAUUCCAAACGUCUCCCUAUUAAAAAGGGAGAAACUUGAAUUGUGAGGUUUGCUAUUUUUGGAAAACAGUUAAGAAGGCUGUCCGUAAUAACGAGGUGUCGGUAUUAUGGAGAUACCUCUAACGGAGCCUUUAUACAUCACGCAGAUUAAAUUUUAUUGGUAAAAUUAAAUUUCCUUGGUAAAAUGUUUUAAAUAAAAAAAUAGCAAAGUGUGAUAAUCGUGAUUAGUUGAUAAACAAAGACCUUCAAAGGCCUCUGGCGAAAACACAAUUUGCAAAGUCAAGGGUCCUAAUAAACAAAGACUAUCAUUAAUCGCAAAAUGUUCUUACUAUAGUUGUUUUGAAGUUUUGAGAAGCAUUACAAUAAUAGCACUUAAUAUUUGAACGCUUGUAUGUAUAUUCUUUACAGGAACACCUGCACCACCAACAACGACACCAGGUAUGAAAACAUGGAAUUAGUCUGGCAGAAACAAUAUUGCACUCCAGUAUUAUUAUUAUUAUUAUUAUUAUUAUUAUUUAUUAUUAUUAUUAUUAUUAUUUAUUUAUUAUUAUUUUUAUAUUAUUAUUAUUUAUUAUUAUUAUAGGACAAGAAAAGUUGUCGCCACAUAUUUUGUAAUGCUUUAAAAUUUUCAACGAACUUUAAAAGAAGAACUUUCAUCUGGCCCGCCUCAAAGAGGCAAUCAAGAGGCAAAAAAAUUAUUUCUUGAAAAUGUCAAAAGUCAUAGUCCCUCAGUGGACAGUCCCGAAAUAUAAUUUUAUACUACAAAGGCCGUUAAGACAAGAUAGUCCUCGGUGGCAGCCAAUUUGCACGCAGUAUAACUUAUCUUUGUUAUCUCUCUGUUUAAAAGAAAGGCCAAAAUGAAAACUGAAUCAGGCCGGAUUUUUCUUUGUACGCUACAAUUUUUUAAAAAUCUGGUGCUGGUAGCGCGGAAACCAGCCUUUUUACACUACCUCCGAGGUAAACAGAACUAUCAGGCGCUGUUUGUUUAUCGUUCAGACCUCAGAGAAAAUUACCUAUAAUUCUGCAGUUUUACAGAACCAUCCGCUUACAAGACAAAUUACACCCAUUCAAUAUUCAGGACGAUCGAAGCAGUCGGGCUUCCCUUCCACAACAAAUUAUAAAAAUGGCAAGAACAUUUAACAUUACAAGUAUAGAGAGAACUCACCAUUAAACGGGACUGUUCACUAGUGCUGACUAGCUAGUGACUAGUUACUUGAAAUUUUCAGACGCACUACUAUAACACUUACUGUUUGGAUAUGACAUGCUUGUAUGUAAACUCUUUACAGGAACACCUGCACCACCAACAACGACAUUACCUCCACCAACAACAACACCAGGUAUGAAAACGUGCAAUUAGUCUCGCAGAAACAGUACUGUCGCCACUCUAAGUUUUUAGAAGCACGAACAUGUUUUUGUAAUGCAUUUGAAGAACGAGUUUCCAUCAAAGCUCUUUCUCUGGCUUUGCUCAAGGGGAAUCAAGGGAAUCAUUUAAGUCCAUCAGGCUAUUUUAGAAAAUUUGCCGAAUUAAUCCCUUAAUUAUUGGAAUUUAUUGGCCUUGAUUAAAGGGGCCUAAUACGAAAACCCCACAAAUAAAAAAAAAAAAAAAAAAAAAAAAAAUGGAAAACCUGUAUUUUACUCACCGAAACGGCUCCACCAGCUUUUGGGCUAGUAGACCAGAUCUUUUACAUUUAGGGUAGGUUCGCACCUCUCUGAUCUGAUCCAAGAGAAGUUUUUUUUUGGUAGCUAAUAGUACAAAGGAGCUCCUUAUUAAAAGCCAUCACGUAGAAAUUUGUAUUUGAUACGGAGAGUCUCCAAAUAGUUCGGCACACUGAAAGGAGCAAAAAAAAAAAUGGCGAUCAUUUCUUCAGCUGCAUUUCUUGAAAAUGUCAAAUGUCGACAUCCCUACACUGUUAAUAAAUUUAGUUCGUUAGUUUUUUUGUUUUUGUUUUCAUUUUGAAAUUUCAGUCACUGCAUUAUAACAGCUUUUUAACUUACUCUUCUUCUUUAGCAAUAGAUCCAUGUAGAAACUAUGGCAUUCUCGACGGUUUUAACCGCAGUGUGGCAAAUAAAGAUCAAAAGAACUUGCAAUGCGACCAGAGACACCUGAGUCCUUUACCAGCCUGGUAUCGCUUCACUGGCGGAGCUGGAGACAGAAUGCCAACAUCCUGUGUACCAAAAAAUCGUUGUGGUACUCAUGCUACGGGUUGGUUGAACGGUUCACACCCAUCAGUGGAGGAAGGCAUUGUUACUCGUCGAGUUUGUUAUCACUGGAAUUCCAACUGUUGCAACUGGAAAAACGAUAUUCAGAUCCAAAACUGUGGCCCUUUCUAUGUUUACCGGUUAGUUAAGACUCCCGUGUGUUGGUUGCGUUACUGCGGUAACAAUGAAGGUGAGUUUUAUUUUUUUCACCUUCUGACUGAAUUGUAAAAGAUCUUGAUCGAUAACCAAUAUCUACUUAAAACGGGCAUUAACUUUAUGUUCGUAUUACAAACGUCUCCCUAUUAAAAAAGGGAGAAACUUGAAUUGUGAGGUUUGCUAUUUUUGGAAACAAGAAGGCGGUCCGUAAUAACGAGGUGAGGGUACUAUGGAGAUACCUCUAAGGGAGCCUUCUACGGUAUUGGAAUUGCUACACAAGUCAUAUAUCACGCAGUUUAAAUUUCCUUGGUAAAAUGUUUUAACCAUGUUAACUAAAUAGCAAAGUGUGAUAAUCAUGAUUAGUUGAUAAACAAAGAGUUCAAAGGCCUCUGGCGAAAACACAAUUUGCGAAGUCAAGAUUCCUAAUAAACAAAGACUAUCAUUAAUCGCAAAAUGCUCUUACUAUAGUUGUUUAGAAGUUUUGAGAAGCAUUACAAUAAUAACACUUAACAUUUAAACGCUUGCGUGUAUAUUCUUUACAGGAGCACCUGCACCACCAACAACGACACCAGGUAUGAAAACAUGGAAUUAGUCUGGCAGAAGUAAUAUUGCACUCCAGUAUUAUUAUUAUUAUUAUUAUUAUUAUUAUUAUUAUUAUUAUUAAGGACAAGAAAAGUUGUCUACUGUCGCCACUAUAAAUUUGUAGUAGCACGAACAUAUUUUCGUAAUGCUUUAAAAGAGCGAACUUCCAUGAAAGCUCUUUCUCUGGCCUGCUCAAGAGGCAAUCAAGAGGCAAAAAAAAUCAUUUCUUGAAAAUGUCAAAAGUCAUAGUCCUUUAGUGGACAGUCCAGAAAUAUAAUUAUAUACAACAAGGGCCGUUAAGACACGAUAGUCCUCGGUGGCAGCAAAUUUGCACGCAGUAUAACUUAUCCUUUUUAUCUCUCUGUCUAAAAGAAAGGCCAUUAUGAAAACUGAAUCAGGCCGGAUUUUUCUUGUACGCUACAAGUUUUUACAAAUCUGGUGCUGGUAGCGCGGAAACCAGCCUUUUUACACUACCUCCGAGGUAAACAGAACUAUCAGGCGCUGUUUGUUUAUCGUUCAGACCUCAGAGAAAAUUACUUAUAAUUCUGCAGUUUUACAGAGCAAUCCGCUUACAAGAAAAAUUACACCCAUUCAAUAUUCAGGACGAUUAAAGUAGUUGGGCUUCCCUUCCACGACAAAUUAUAAAAAUGGCAAGAACGUUUAACAUUACAAGUAUAGAGAGCUCCCCAUUAAACGGGACUGUUCACUGGUGCUGACUUGGUAGUGACUAGUUACUUUGAAAUUUUCAGACGCACUACUAUAACACUUACUGUUUGAAUAUGAUAUGCCUGUAUGUAAACUCUUUACAGGAACACCUGCACCACCAACAACGACAUUACCUCCACCAACAACAACACCAGGUAUGAAAACAUGCAAUUAGUCUCGCAGAAACAGUACUGUCGCCACUCUAAGUUUUUAGAAGCACGAACAUAUUUCUGUAAUGCAUUUGAAGAACGAGUUUCCAUCAAAGCUCUUUCUCUGGUUUUGCUCAAGGGGGAAUCAAGGGAAUCAUUUUAGUCCAUCAGGCUAUUUUAAAAAAAUUCCGAAUUAAUCCCUUAAUUAUUGGAAUUUAUUGGCCUUGAUUAAAGCGGCCUAAUGCGACAACUCUCCACAAAGACAAAAAAAAAAAAAAAAUGGGAAACCUGUAUUUUACUCACCGAAACGGCUCCACCAGCUUUUGGGCUAGUAGACCAGAUCGUUUAAAUUUAGGGUAGGUUCGCACCUCUCUGAUCCAAGAGAAGUAUUUUUUGGUAGCUAAUAGUACACUCCUUAAAAGCCAUCACGUAGAAAUUUGUAUUUGAUACGGAGAGUUUCCAAAUAGUUCGGGACACUGAAAGGAGCCAAAAAAAAAUCAUUUCUUGAAAAUGUCAAAAGUCGACAUCCCUCACUCACUCACUCACUUGGUCGCCCGAAGGAGGGCAACCACUAGAUCUUUCCACAGCCUCUUAUCAGCCAUCAGUACAGCAAUCACACUUGCUUCGAAUGCCUCAGUAUCCCUCUUAAGAGUGUCAAUAUAGGUAGUAUUCGGUCUUCCUCUCCCGCGAUGACCAUGUGUGGGCUCCCAUAGGACUAACUUCUGGGUACUUAGCUCUGGAUGGCGAUAACAGUGUCCCGCAAGUUGUAGCCUACGAGAGGCGACUUUGUUGCUGACUGCUGGUAGAUCUCCGUACAUUUGCUGCUUUGGUAUGUGGCUGCUCCAGUGGAUGUUUAAAGCUUUUCGCAGCAUCCUAGUGUAUGUUCCAUCCAACGACAUCCCUACAAUGUUAAUAAAUUUAGUUCGUUAGUUUUCGCUUUUGUUUUCAUUUUUAAAUUCUAGUCAUUAUAACAGCUUUUUAACUUAUAAUUUUCAGUGUUGUAGCUUUAAGUGAUCCGAAUAAACUUCCUUUUUCUUCUUCUUUAGCAAUAGAUCCAUGCACAAACUAUGGCAUUCUCGACGGUUUUAACCGUAGCGUGGCAAAUAAAGAUCAAAAGAACUUGCGAUGCGACCAGAGACACCUGAGCCCUUUACCAGCCUGGUAUCGCUUCACUGGUGCAGCUGGAGACAGAAUGCCAACAUCCUGUGUACCAAAAAAUCGUUGUGGUAGUCAUGCUACAGGUUGGUUGAACGGUUCACACCCAUCAGUGGAGGAAGGCAUUGUCACUCGUGGAGUUUGUUAUCACUGGAAUUCCAACUGUUGCAACUGGAAAAACGAUAUUCAGAUCCAAAACUGUGGCGCUUUCUAUGUUUACCGGCUAGUUAAGACUCCUGCGUGUUGGUUGCGUUACUGCGGUAGUAAUGAAGGUGAGCUGUUCGGUUUUUCCUCUGUAACUGAAAUUUAAUGAUAUCUUGAUGGAUAACUUGACAUUGCAGAUGUCUCCCUAUUGUGAAGGGAGGAUCAAAUUGAGGAACAUGGCGACGUGUUUGCAGCGCAAAUGUUUUGUGAAGGGAGGAUCUUAGGAGUUUUAGUCUGAUUUGGUCAGCGAGAUGUCGAAAUAAGUAUGUGUAAUCAAAUGGUGACGAGCGGAAAUUAGGGAUUAAUUUCACGCGCGUUUUGCCUAAAGGCUCAGGAGAUUAUUAGUAUUUGGACAAAACGCAAGUGAAAUUAUUUCCUAAUUUCACGAGUAUACCAUUUGAUUACCUAUUAAUAUCAUGAGUGACGAAUUACGUUAGCAAUCGUGAAUUUCUGACCUGUUUAUCCUGGAUCGUAUAGACGAGAACUCCACUCUCUCUUAAAUUCGGCUCAAGUUCAGACAAAAUACCUGUUAGAAUCCUUCUUGAUGUGCUCUUUCGUGUGUUGAGGUUUUCUGAAGCUUGUUUUUGUUCCCUGGCAUCUUCAUUCACGGCAUUUUAAAACUUCGUCGCCAUCUUGACACUGAGACAUAGGGAAGGUUGCCAUGUGAAAUUACAAAUUAACGCUGAGAUUUCGCGCCAAAAUUAAGGAUUAAUUCGUCGCCUAUGACAUUAUGGUAAUAUCUAUAAAAAAGCCCGGACAGAAAGCAUUGCUGAUUAACGUAUUGCGAAUUCAAUGUUUUAACCGUGUUAACUUAAAAAGCAAAGAGUAAACGGUAAAUCGAUAAACGAUGAUCUUUGACGAAAAAAAAAGGACGUUGUAAACUUCAAAAUUAGCAAAGACUUUAAUAAUUGAAACGUUCUAUUUAUAGUUAUUUUUAAAGUUUUUGUAUCACCACGGUGAUAUUUCUGAACGCUUGAAAAGGUUAUAUUAUUUUUGCAUACAUUUUCUUUACAGGAACACCUGCACCACCAACAACGACACUACCUCCACCAACAACAACACCAGGUAUUUAAGGUGCUCAGAUAGAACUGUCCAGCACCGUUUUUUCACCCAGGGGGAAACGAAAGACAAUGAUGCCCAUGCCUUUUGAACCGAAUUACACGCCCUUCAGCAAAUUCAAAUGGUUGACUGCCAAACAUGUCACGUUUGCAGCCAAUUAAAUAAUAAUUUAUCGUCACUUUUUCCGCGUUUAGAUGGAAACUUGUUAGUAUUAACUGAAGGAACAAAGGCUUCUAAAACUUGCUUAAUGUUAUAUCCAUAUAUUUUCCGAGUUUGGUCUUUGGGCGAUUCUUUGUUUACGAUUUUCCCUCAUUGACAUAUGCCUUUCAUUCUCUGAUCAAGCAUUAAUAAAAAUAAACUCUCUGAAUAUCGGAAAAAGCAUUUCAUUUAUCUGUGACAACUUGAGCCCGAUAUACCGAAUAGUUUGGGAGAAACAACCUUAGAAGAAUACUCGAAGCUUAACAAACAGUGAAUGGGCAUUCAUUCUUUGCUUGCAAAGAGCUGAAAAUUACACAAACUGUUCAAAUUAACUAGCCAAGGAAACUAAGGGAGAGGGUUAAUUACAGUCGUAAGGACAUGCUGGAAUGUCGCCGUGGAAUUGUCCGUUUUCAACUUUCAUAUUUGACUUUUAUUCGAUAGCCCACUAUACCACGACUUCUCUAUUUUCUAAGGCCUGUUUACAUGGAGGUGGGGGACCCCAGGUAACCCGCUUAGGUGGGGUAACCCGCCUGUCCAUAUAAUCUCUCAUUUUACUUACAUCUCGUUUACAUGAUAGGUGGGGUGACCCGCCUAGGCGGGUAGCCCGGUCUGCCAGACCGGGUAACCCUCUCAGCCGGGGUCAAAUUUUGCCAUGUAAACGUUUCAAGGUGGGGUAACCCGCCUAGCCGGGGUCGGACUCGCAAUAUAUCAAAUUCGAGCAAAAUUCGUUUUAGCGGUGGCUUUGCAUCAUUAUUAAAGGUAGCAAUAGAAAGCCACAGAACUGAAGGCUGCCGCAAGAGCAGCACGUGAGUGUAGGAGAGCAUUAAUCGCUAAAACACGAGGUUUGCCAGCAUUUUUCUUGUUUGCGUGAUUAGCGACCAUUCAAUAAUCUUGAAAAUGUGCACCCCGGGGUGGCGGGGUUGUAAGAUUACGUGUAUUUACGAGGGUUAUUUUUUACCCCACCUAAGCGGGUUAUCUCACCUACCUGGGGUCCCCCACUUCCAUGUAAACAGGCCCUAAAAGUGUCCAAGAGUUCCUCAUAAUUUUUACUAUGAUUUUUUUUUUGUCGCCAGCUAUAAAAUGUCCAGCGCUAAAUGUUAGUCGCCUCGUCCAAACAUCACCGAAGAGCUGCGUGACGUCACCAAUGGAUAUCAGCGCAAUGUGCUCGUUUUCAUGCCCACAGGGAUACAAACUGGAAGGCCCGUCUUCUACACAAUGCGGAUUACGUGGCGUGUGGACCGAAGAUGACACGGUUAUAUGUAUCGGUGAGUUAUGGGAUCAGGGUACGGUUGCCUUGUUUGUUUGUUUGUUUGUUUGUUUAACAGUACUUGGUGCUUUGUUGAGUAAUUUCAAGAUAAUUUCACAGCAAUAAGACAACUAAAAUGUCCACAAAACUGUUAGUUAUAAGCGGCAUCACUCCUUUAUCAUUUGAUCGGCUUAAAUUUACAUCACACUGAAAAUAAUGAACGAAGAGCUACUGUAGAUUGCAGACAUGGUAAUUUGAAUUUUUAUGAUGAAUUAUGAGGAUUAUAUAUACUGGUCAAAAAAGCUGCUAAAAAAUUCCAUGACAGUACAUAAUCCCCUCAAGUAUUCCAUGGGAGGAAUAUGUUUUUCGUAAAUUUAAAUUUAUUCCGUUCAGUUUUAGUCAGAAGUUCAGCAAGUUUUUCUUCAAAUAGCCGUGAACGCCAUUUUUGUUAGUUCAGUUUUGCCAAGCAGCCUCCUCUCUAUGUCAAUAUACCAUCGAUCACCCUCGUUUCAAAGCACACGCAUAGAGAAAUGAUCGUGAUAGUGAUAGUGAAAGUAAUAGUGAUCGUCAUCAUGAUGGUGAUGGUGAUUUUGAACGUGAUAGUUAUAGUGAUAGUGGUAAUGAUAAUGUUCAUUUGUAGUAAGUCAAUUUUUUGGUCCAGACUUCCAAAAUAAAAUCUAAUGAAAUUGAAUAAUUCAAUUUUCCAGACAUUAACGAGUGUGAGGUGCUAAAUGGAGGUUGCAGUCACAAGUGUGUAAACGCAGAGGGAGAUUUCAAAUGUGAAUGUCCUGACCCCGAACUGAGCUUAUCAUGGGACAGAAGGACCUGUUAUGGUAAUUAUGACUCUAGGUGUGACGUUUCAUGCAUUAAAUCCUACUCUGAAAUGUGUAUCAUUGGGCAUCUUAUUUAAAUAAAAAUGAAAUGGAUCAUGUCUCUAACAAUACGUUGUACUUACUUUUGAAUUUCAGGUUUGAAUUUUUAGCCUGUUUUGCAUUUUGCCGUAACCCUUUUAUGAAAAAUAAAUAAAAAUAAAUAAAAAAAAAAAAAGUAUGGAGGAGCUUGGUCAUGUACUUCAGGUAUUCACGACUUGCCACUGAAAGAGCCACAAAAAGGUCUAAAAUAUUUCAAACUGUAGAACUUUAGAAAAGAAGCUACGAUUUUCAUAAAAACGAUCGCCUGCUGAUGAACUAAAAAAACGUCCACGAAACAAGCUAGAAUAUCAGUCGUCUUUAUUUACGCAAAUUUGUCGCAAGAGGACGUUUCGGUCAACAAGUGCAUGCUAUCAUGGUUUUAUUGAAAUGAAUAAAUUGCCAUGAAAUGCAAUGACCUUGAGCCCUCCAUUUUUUUUCCUUUCUGUCGAAAAUAACUUUUCUCUUUAUCUCCAUUCAAGUUCCAGGCGUUAUGGUACAGUGCAAGAGUGAAAAUAUGACCAUCUCAAUACCGAAGUCCCUCCUUCUUGGUAUGGACCGUAAGCAUCUUCGACUCCUGGACACCAGUUGCAAAGCUACAGAGACGAGCACUCACUUCUCACUCACAACAUCUCUGACUGGCUGUAACACAACAAGCAGGCACACGCCCACAGCUAUCGUCUAUUCCAACGCAGUUUUUGAAAUUCCUGUGGCCGCUCAAGGUGUCGUGACCCGAGUUCGUGAAAUCGAAAUAAAAUUCCAGUGUUUCUACUCUAAAUACGGCGUGGUGUCCUCAUUUGGUUGGAAGCCGAGUGAUAAGAAGCUUGUUUUUAGCGACAAAAUGAAAGGAAACUUUACGCUCUCUCUAGAUAUGUUUCCUGACAAGACAUUCGAGAGUCCGUACUUGAGAAACGACUUUCCUGUGGCUGUGGUUCUGCGCAAGCUUCUCUUUUUUGAGGUGUCCGCCACAACGCAUGACAAGCAACUGUCAAUCAGAGCAGAGCGCUGUUAUGCCACUCCCACCCAAGAUCGCGAUAAUUCCUUAAAGUAUGAGUUCAUCAAAGAAGGGUUAGUGAUUGUUGUGUUACUUUCCAGCGAAAAGAGACCUCGAAAAACGGCACUGAUUAAUGUCUCCUUAAACUGCGAAUUUCACCCCUUCAUUCACUAUCACUUAAUACUAAACAACUGCAUUGUGAAAGUACAAUGUAGAAAUUUAAUUUUGAAGUGCAGAAGCACAUACCGUAAAAUUCCGAAAAUAAGCCCCGGGGCUUAUAUUUUUCAAAGGCCCUUUUUGAUGGGCUUAUCUACGGAGAGAAAUUUGCGUUUCAAACUUGAUUGGGCUAGCCUUGUAGUUGGAAGUAAAUUUACCGUUUUUGCUUUGUUUUACUUUGUAUUUGAGGUCAAUUUUCCAAGUACAAGCCCUCGGCUUAUAUUUGGAGGGGCGAUUUAACGGAGGGUUUUUUGCGUUACCGGUUUGGGGGGCUUAUAUUUGGAGGGGCUUAUUUUCGGAAUUUAAUACGGUAUUAGGGUAAAACUUCGUCAAUCAUUUGUUACAUAAUCACAGAUCUUAAAAAGAGGAUAAGAUCACAGCUUUUCAAGACGACAAAAGAUUCCUCUAUGACUCAAGGCUGGUGACUAUGCCUUUUUUGCUUCUGUAUUUUUCGUUUUUGCAACAGCUGGAUGCCAAAAUCGAGAGUAUAAAAGCCUUUUUUUUCUUCACACAACGUUUGGAAAUAUAUGAGAUUUCGACAACAUCUCAAAUCUGGCAGACAUUUUUUCUACAUCCUCGGCAAUCAAUAGACCAUUUUACAGUUAUGGGCUCAAUAUACUAGCCUUUUACUGGACGUGAGGCUGAGGUUGACCUUGUUUGGAUUCAAACCUCUUUCCUUUUCUUAUGGAAAUUUUGCUUAAAAAAUACUAGUUAGCAUGAUUAACAUGAUAAAGCGGAAGGGUUGUAUCAAAACAAGGUCGACUCCAGCCUCGUUUGCAUCCGUAACUGUAAAAUGGACUAUUCGGUUCUGAUACAAUGUAAAACCCAAAAUUGUGACCAGUAGUUUGCACUGCAAACAAUUGUGUGCAGAAAUUCAAAAAAUCCGAGGUUUAAGGUAAUAUUAAAAACGAAACCAAUCACCUUGAGGUCGAGGGAUGAAUAAUACCCGGCGCGGAUCCACAUCGGUUUCCGCCGUUUUACGAAAAUCGGUCGGAGUUUUCAUGGAUAAAUAAUUUUUCAUUAAGAAAAAAAAAAUUCCAAGUUAAAAUCUGGCCAAUAUCGUGACUGAAUGACUCAGGAAUCCAGGAGAGGUGACUUUAGGGAGUAAAUCUCCAAAACAUUUCCUGGGGGAGCCCGCCCCCGAACGCCGCUAGAAGCGUACGCAUGCCACGCUUGUUUAGAGUAACGGUCAGUAUUUAUCCUAGAACCGUGCCUUAAUACAUUAUUUCUAGCUAUUCCCACAAGCCUUAGAGUUGAGUAUGUAUUACGACAUAUCGAAAUCGGUUUAUUCACUUAAAACCAGUAUUUUCGAUGUUGAGUAAUUAGUACAUUUAGUAAUUAGUAAUUAGCUUAUAAGUUGAAUGUAAUAGAAAUUAUAGAUUAACAUUUUCGGAUUCUUUCCUUAUAGAUGCCCGAUUGACCCAACUGUACAGUAUUAUCCUCUGCCUUCAGUCAGUGUUCAGCGGUUUAGUUUGGAAGCCUUCAAGUUCAUUGCGGAUCAUUUCUUUGUUUUUGUCCAUUGUCACGUGAUUGUCUGCAAUGCUACAGAUGCCGGUUCAAAAUGCGCUAGAAGUUGUCCAUCAGCUGGCCGGCUAAGACGUGAUGUGAAUCCCAGUGCAAAUGACGUCUACUCCCUGGCCAAGGGUCCAAUCCAUCUGCAACGUAAAAGGAGUGAGGAAAGACAGAGCACUGGCCUCGAAAGGCUUGGUAUGUUAUUACGCCGGCUCUCCCGUAUAUAUUAAUAUAUUUUUUUAAACUCUUUUUAUUCUGCGUGGGCCUUUAAGAAAUGGAAUGCAGCGUUCUUUGGUUGGUUUAUGAAAGGGUACCAUUUUUAAUGAAAGUUGUAUUUCGUGUUAAAAUGGUAGACAAAAGAGGAAGGGGUUGAACCUUAGACCUCCCCAGAUAAAAACUUUGAGUCCCUUCCCCCUCAGUCUCUUCCCCCUAUCCCAAUAGUCCAUCCUGUAUUUCUGUGAGCACUGGAGUCACCAGUCUAGGCUUGGGGGAUAAAAUAUUAAUAGUGAUUGGAAGGAAAUUGUCCUUCCAUGCAACCCUCGUUAUUAUUUAUUAUGUCCUCAAUGAAGCAGGGAGUAGGGAGGGUCUAUUUUGGUCAUAAUCGACAUUUAUACUGAUCAGCAGAACAAGUACACAAAGAUUAAGAAACAAAAACAAACAAUCAAAAACAUUUGAAUCACCCAGAAGGGGUACGAAAAAGCGCUUGGAAUUGCAUUGGAUUAAAAUCUCUGGACAUCAAAUGAAACACAAUCAACUCGCACUUGAAAUAGUUUCAGUUUCUCGAUCUGGCCCCAGUUUUUUUUAAAAAGGUGGAUAGCGCUAUCCUCCGGACAAUCUCUUUGCAGUGGAUAAGGCAGUUGGUUGCCCUAGUAAUACCCAUCCAUUGGAUAGAGAUUUAUCAGAUAGAUAGCACUAUCCACCUUUUCAACAACUGGAGUGCGAUAUUAAGUUAGAGAAAAUUCAAAACGAACAGUAAAAUGUAAAACUUUUAUUUGCCUAGUUAGUUGUAAUUUCAGACUUUCCCGGCCUCAACGUGUCUAAAACGAAAUAUCAUUUUUUUAGGUUCCAGUCCUACAAUCACGAUGACCCUGUUGGUGAUCUGUGUCGCCUGUUUAGCGGGAACUGCGCUGAUGGCUUUCAAAAAGUUACGUGACAAACCUUUUGGUUAUGCAGUGGUUGCGGCAGGGGAGAAGAAUUAA